UCAACUUCAUUCUUUCUUUAUCCACUGUUUGAAUCAUCCAUCAUCAGAUCACAAAGUAAACAAGAGACUUUUUUAAUAAAAGAAUCGAAUCAUGUCAGGCGUAACACUAGCGGUGGGUCCAAGACCUGACGAGGGUAAAACGUCAUCAUCUUCCGGUGAGAAGGGACUGUGGUCGGGGAUGACAGCAGCUGGAGGUGGCGGCUUGAUGGGGUCACUGAGGGUAAUAGAACUACAGCUAGUUGCCUUCAUACUAGUCUUCUCAGCGAGUGGUCUCGUACCGAUACUUGACAUGCUUUUUCCAGCGUUUGCGUCUAUCUAUAUAGUCGCCCUCUCGCGUUUAGCUUUCCCAUCCCAUGGCCAUGGUGUUUCAACCACUUCCCGUGAAGUCUUCCACGGCAGCAAACUCUUCAGGAUGUACGUGGUUUCGGGGACAACGAUUGGUCUGUUCUUGCCUUUAGCUUACGUAUUAGGUGGUUUUGCAAGAGGAGAUGAUCAUGCGGUGAGAUCAGCGACACCGCACUUGUUUCUACUGUCGUGUCAGAUUCUGACAGAGAAUGUAAUAAGUGGCCUUUCUCUGUUUUCGCCACCGGUAAGAGCUCUCGUCCCACUGCUCUACACAGUCUGGAGAAUCUUUGUCAUCAUUGGUUGGUCUAAAGAUGUCUGGCUCAACAAGUCGUUACCAAUGAAUGCUACACCCAAUGUUGUUGCAUGGUUCUGGUUUGGACGGUAUUUAGCAAUAGCGAACUUGGGCUACUUCGGAGUGAAUCUACUCUGUUUCUUGAUCCCUAGGUUCCUGCCUCGUGCCUUCGACCAUUACUUCAGAGAAAGAGAUGAGAUGUUGGCGAAAAGCCAAGAAGACAAGCCGGUUCAAGUUCCUAGAUCAAAAUCUUCUGACCACAAAUCUGAUUGAUCAUCUAUGUUUUCUUCGAGUGUGUAACGUAACACGCACUUUUAGUUACUUAAUAUCGAGAUUGUGAUGAAUUUUAUUAGUAGGGCGAAAAUGAAACAAUGUGGUUGUGAAUGUACAAUGUUUUGCUCUUGCAACUGAAAUGUGAAAUCAGUUUAUCCA